AUGGUUCUGCUAGAGAAACUUUGGGAUGAUGUGGUGGCUGGACCUCAGCCUGACCGUGGCCUUGGCCGCCUCCGUAAGAUCACCACCCAACCCAUUAAUAUCAGAGGAGAAGGAAGCAGCAAGAUGAUGCAUAGAUCGUUGACUAUGCCUCCGGUAGUGAGCCCCGGAACUCCAACGACUCCGAUAACUCCAACCACUCCAACGACGCCACGUAAGGAUAAUGUCUGGAGGAGCGUCUUUAAUCCGGGAAGCAACCUCGCCACAAGAGCCAUCGGCUCCAACAUCUUCGAUAAACCCAACCACCCAAACUCUCCAUCCGUCUACGACUGGUUGUACAGUGGUGGUGAUUCAAGGAGCCAGCACCGUUAA